GCAUCCAAUUAAAGCCGUUUCGCACAGCGACCGCUUUGUGCGUCCCCGAUCCCGUCUUUAACGAUGAGCAUCAUCAUUCUUUGGUGGUUCCUGCUGAUGUCCCCGUCCAGAAACUCCUGCUCGGAGCUUUUACGGCACCAGGAGCGACUGGAGGAGGAAUCCAGUUUGAAGUCUGGUGCAGGUAUUAUUACCCAAAUGUCAGAGACCAGCUGGUUGCCAAAGGGACCCUGCCUUUGUCCCGGCUGUGUGCCAUGGUGACAAUGCGGCAUCGUGAAGAAAUAGGGAUUCAGACUUUUAACCUUCCCUUGGUCCCCAGGACUGAUUCCUCAGAGGAAUUUCAUCUACGGUCUUCAGGCCACCGCUCUAAGUGCGUGGUAUCACCUGAACUUAGUUCCAAUAGGGCUGUGGCACAAAAGAACCCUUCAGUCCAGUAUUAUGCAGGUGUUGGAGUUAACGCUUACGUCUCCGCGCACCUCUCCUUCCUGCCCGAGGCCGAGCGACGCGACACGCGACCUGUGGCUCGUACUUUCUGCCCCGAGUUCCAGCAACACCUUGAGUUUCCCUGCAACCUCAUCAUCCAGAAAAGCAGUGGAGAAGCCUCUUCUCUGGGAGAACUCUUGCAGUCUGCCAGUCUCCUCUUCUCUAUCUACCAUCAGAGCACCAAGUCAGCCGCUGAGACGUUGGCAGCUCGAGCAACAAGAGAUUAUCUUCUUGGGACAGUCAGGAUUCCAACCAGAGACCUGCUGAGAAGAAGAUCAGGUAUCACGGGCUGGUACCCGGUUACCCUGUCGGAAGAUUUAAUGCCUUCCUGCUGCACAAACCUCAUGCAGGCCAUCGUGGGAGGACUGGAACUUUCUGUCACCUUUGCUCAUCAGGAGGACAGAGGACGUGUUCUGGAGGCCGCUCAGCUCUUGGGAUGGAACAGCCAAGAAGACAGCGUGGAUGAGAGCGACGAAUGGGAGCAAAAUGCUAAUCCAGUGACCGUGACCAUCUCAACUCCAAGAGUGUGGCUGCCAGUUCACUGUGUGCUGCUCGCAGGCCAGACCCACCUCAAUAAAAGCACUUGUUGCUACCUCAGGUAUAAGCUUUACAACCAGGAAGCCACGUGGACUUCGCUUCGGAGGCCCAAAUUGAGUGAGGACGCCAAGAACGUUACGGUGAACUUUAAGCAAGCAAACAAGGUGACUCUGAGAAGGAGCCAAGGACUUCUUUGGUUCUUCAGAGAGGAGAAAUUAGAAAUCCAGGUGUGGUGGGCGUACGGUAAAGAAAAUGAUGUGGAAAGGCCACUUGAUACAGAUCGUCUUAUUGGCUCUGCCUACGUGGACCUCUCAGCUUUAGCAGAGGGGUCAAGGACAACGUUAAGUGUUAGUGGGGUUUAUCCAUUGUUCAGGUCCAACGCUGCAGACCUGGCAGGAGCUGCUCUACGUGUUCACGUGGUCCUUUCUUCCACUCCUGCUCCUCUGCCCGGUGGAAUUCCCCGUGCUGAGGAGUACAGCGACAGCGAAGAUGAAGGCACCAAGAAAACCCCUGACCUGAGCCAAGAGGUCUCUGAAAAUCAGGGUCAGAAACUGGGCGUUGUAAGUUCAGAAACCACCAAUGGCAAACGAGAAGAUGACCUGAUGUUUCUGGAAAACGUCACCGAUGGCAAACCACGAGAAGAUGACCUGAUGUUUCUGGAAAACACGGUUGCUGUCAAUAUCCUUGUGGAAAGAGCAAUGCAUCUAAGUUUAAAAGGGAGUCCAUUGACCGAACGUGAGGUGCCAGUGCCCAGUAGCUGCGUGUCGUUUGCUGUCGCGGGUGCGGACGCUCCAAUAACCACUUCAGUUGUAGAAAAUACAGACUCUCCAGUUUGGGAUUUUCAACAACAGGCGAGAUUAUCCAAGGAGCUUCUGCUGGAUCCGCAGCAAACCUUGGUCUUCAAAGUGUGGCAUAAAGCAGAGACGGAGCGAGUGAUAGGAUUUGCAUCCGUGGACCUUUCUCCUCUUCUUUCUGGCUUCCAGCUGGUGUGUGGGUGGUACAACAUCACGGACUUCAGUGGGCAGUGCCGAGGGCAGAUCAAAGUCGCCGUUUCUCCUCUUCAAAACAUCAAUCAUCUCAAAGAAGAAAGGCAGGCCAGGAUCCGGAGCCAGCCACCCAGUUCCUCAGUGAAGCCCAGCUUUCCAGCAUUUCCCAGUAACCCUACAAGCUUUUCCAAGCCCACGUUGAACACCUGGUCAAAGGAAGCCAGUGUUCCUUCUCGAGAGCGGUCCCUUUUGAGCAGAAUUAGUCCCCCUGGAGCACACAGGCCUCGUCACGAAGAGCACGUGCAGAACGUGCGCAGAUUUCACCAAUCCCUGCAGCGAGCGGAAGGGAACGCUCAACGGGCGGCGAAGAUGGACUCGUUAUCGCUCUCCUCACGGGCUUCUCUCCUGACUGCUCUCAGAAAAAACCUGAGUGAGCUGGAUGAGGUUCAAAGAUACUUCAGUCAGAAGCUGACCACGUCUUUUCCUGACUUCAGUUGCGGUCCCGUGUCCAAACCGAGUCGUGAGGAGCAGGAGAUGGAUCAUCGGGCCUCGAUGAGCAGAGAAGUGGAUCCCAACGGACGCCACCUUUUGGAAAAAUCCAGUCAGUUGGUGUCUCAGGUCAGCAGCCUCAUCAACGACUUACAGACUAUAACUAAAAAUAGCCAAGAAUCUUCUGAUGGGCAUCAGGACAGCAGCAGAAAGCUGGGUGCUACCCAUGUGGGCGACCAGAAGGAUGAAGAAGCUGGAACUGAAGUAAGUCAAGGCCAACUUGAGCUGGACUCGGCCAGCGUUUGCGGUGACACGCAGCAGCCACGCUCUUUCAGGAGACCCGUGUUUGAGAGACACAUGUUGCAUGAGUUUCUGGACCAAGCUGUCCCUGAAGACGAGCAUCCUUGGCCAACUGGCUACACCCAGGAAGGUGAAGGUGCUUCACAGCCACGCAGUGAAGAUGAAUAUGAAGAAGACGUUAUAGAACCACGAACUCUUAACGAUAUAACGACCAUAACGGACAAAACCAGUCCCUGGUCCAGUGUUCUGUCUGAAGGGGAGCAGGAUGUUGACCAGGAGCCCAUAGACUUGGAGUCUGAAGAUCAGCACUUGGUGGAUAUUGACUGUUUGCAAAGAGGGAGCAGCACCUUCUCCAGCAUGCUCCAAGGUGACAACCAAAGCAUGUUCACCACCCUUAGCCUCCUCGCAGACGAGGGCGGUCCUUUGGCAGGGACAGAAGGCUUUCAAAGCUUGAAUAGUGGCACAAAAACAAGGGAGAAGGAGCUGUUUCCACCUGCUCGUUUGUCAGAUGUUCAUCAAACAGCCAACGGUCCUGUAGAGCCAAAUGUAGAGUUCCACGCAGCCUCCAAAGAACUACUGGUGUUUCCAGGAGAUCUUGGUUUGACCAAUCCAAAAACCCCAGAAAGAAAGAAGGAAGAAAGAAAGAAGGAGGAAAAUGGUGAGGUUGUGAACGAAGAACAUCAGGACGGGGAAGAAGGUGGCUCUGAUGAGCUCUGUGUGAAGAGUGGAUCGGUCCCAGCAGGCUCGGAAGGAAACAGCGAAAGCUUUUCCGAUGACAGUAGCGAAGACCCACUGGAAGAGUCAGAAAAGUCUAUCAAACCAAAAAUUGUUCUAUCUGGUCCUGUCGUUGUUCCCAACUUCUUCCUUCCACCCCAGCAGAUGGAAGCCUCCAUGAGACUGCUCAGCUUGUCUUCUCAUCCUUCCACAGCUCUGAAAAGCGGGAGCGCAGCGACGCCGCGGGGCAUCCCCUACCGAAAACCCCCCCGGCCCAGGCCCCCGGCGCGACUCUCGGAGGAGGAAACCAGAAGAAUCGCCAAGAUCUUCUCGGCUCAAGUGUCCAAGAAGGAUUAAGGUCCUUCUUGGCCGUUCCCCGACCCCUCGCCGGGAUCUCCAGGGAAGAGGAGGUGGAAACCGUAGGUUCCAGGCUCUGAUUUUUUAAUUUGCUUAAUUGAUAUCCUGCUUGAGGGACUGAAAACCUGGUGCUCAACCGAGGGGAGCUGAGAGACCACGUGUCCCCACCGAGACUCAUCGGCGUCGGGUCAACCAUGAGUUGUCACCUGGUCUCCAAAUAUUGCAUUUCUGGCACUGAUUCGCAUGAAAUUUCUCUAAUUUACCUUUUUUAUUCUUUUUUUUAACCUCAUUUUGAGACGGCUCCUUUUUCUUCAACCCUGGGGUGGAGAAGGUUAGAUCUUUGCAGAGAACUCUUAAAAACCAGCUCCCUCCCCAGUGGCCUUUCAAAAUUAAUUGGUAGGAAGUGAAAUUUGCUGAUUCUAGAAGAAUGUAUGUGCCCCAGGAGCUUGUGUAAAUACCCAGGGAUGCUGUAAAAUACUGAUGUGUGGACUGUUUUUACUAGAAAUAUGGAAUAUUCUAAAUUAUUUUUGUACAUUUUGAUGUCAAGGACCUUUUGGAUCACGGGCUUGGAUGCAAACUGACCUUAAGUUAUUUUUGUACCUCUCUCUGGUGUUUGUUUUUCAAUAAAAUCCCUCUGGUUUCUUGUCUCCUGGUGGGAAGUGUCCCGGUGCCAGGUCACGAGCUCGUCGUUAACAGGUGCCCGGGGCUC